AUGAACUUUUUCUCGGAUGACGACUCAGCACUCAAUCUGAAAUUUCCAUUUACAGUUGGAGGCGCAGAAAGAAUCUCAAAAAUACAAAUAAAGACAGAGAGGUCAAUGGCAGUCGUUUCUUUUUCCCUUCCGUUUAACAUUCAAAUGAAUAUUCAGAAUGCCCAGCAAGUCUCUUUAGAAAAAAGAGGAGACAAAUUCAUAUAUGUCUUUGAGUUUGAAAGUGUGGAUGAUGCAGUUGAAUGGGUAGGUUCGAAGAAUGCCACGGUUCAGCAGAAGAGUAGAAGCGACGAUGUAAAAGCAUUACAGCGAGAGAUGAAUGAGUUUAUGAUAGCAUAUGAGAGUAAAGAGAAAAAGAAGAGGAAAAAACUAGUUGAUGAGGAUGGAUUUGAGUACUACGAAUGA